ACUACUGCGCGAAUCGGGUGGUGAUCGGUAGUGAUGCCGUGAUGGGCUGCAGCUCGAGAUCGUUCUUCCUGACCACGCUCCUCCUCGUGGCUGGAUUACUGUCGAUCGCGCUGUUCGCCGAGAUAUCUGGCGCGACACGUUUGAGACAGCGCCCUACGGAAUCUCCGAGAGGAGGCUCCGUGAACGAGGCUGGUGUUUUUGCGCUACGAGGCAGGCAGGAGGGUAGUCGGCGUGCCAGGCGGACUACCACCAGCACGACGAGCACAACGACGUCCAGCUCGACGUUGAUACCUCUACCUGACGAAGUGGUGCAACCCGCGGCCCUUUUGGCCCCCGAAGAGGAGUCAUGGUCCACCAGUUCUUCCACCACGACCAACAUCGCUCUAUCCUCAGACGUGGCCGACACGUCGUCCAAUCCGCCGCUGGAGCUCGUAGUGAAGCCCCAUAGCAAAGUCGUCUUACCCUGCGAACUGGAAGGAAAUUACUCGAGAUUAUUGCUGCCAGGAGCAAGAAGUUACAGAAUACGACCGGCGACAUGGCUGCACGAGGGUAGUCCGGUGGAUAUGAUCACGAUAGACACGAGAACGGAAAUGAGCGGAACCGGGCAUCGGUACAUCGGCGACUCGACGACCGCGGCAUUGCACAUAGACAACGUCAGAUUAGAGGACGACGGUGUGUGGGGCUGCACCCUGGAGGAUGACCGGGGGAAGAUUCUCUUCGGCAAACCGGUGAAGCUGGUCGUGCUUGAGGCACCUCGUGGGACGUAUCUGCUGAUAGAUGGCCGCCGGCUGGAUCCCGGAAACCAGUUUGUGCCAGUGAAGGAGGGCUCGGAGCUCACUCUCGAGUGCGCGGCCGAGGGUGGAAACCCACCGCCCAUCUUGGCGUGGGGCAUGACCUUGUCUCAAGCCACUUUAGAUGGCCCGGAACAACCGCCAGACAACCUCACCGUGUUGCCCUCAACAUCCGGCAGGCGCAGCGGGGCUCACCUAAAGGUCUUGAGGGGACAUCACAACGCCACGAUCGUUUGUGUCGCGCGCCACAUUACGCUGAUGAUACCGAUGAACGCCAGCAUUCUGCUCGACGUCCAAUAUACUCCAUCGUUCGCGAUAACGCGUUUACCUGGUUUUGGAAUUCCGAUCGUCGAGGGGAUGUCUGUCAGCCUGAAAUGCGAGGUAGACAGCAAUCCAGCCAGUACUCCAAUUUGGCAGCGCGACAAUGGACCGCCCCCCGUGGAGCAGAGCGAUGACGGAUGGUUGAACUUCACAAAAAUCACUCGGGCCGAGAGCGGCUGGUACAAGUGUUAUACGCGGCAUAUGCUCGGCAUUUUCACCAGCAUCGGAUAUUUUCUCAACGUUCGCUAUGAUCCAGAUAUGGAGACCGAAGCAGAAGCGUUGAACGGUGAAGCGACCGAUUCUCGAAGGAUGGAGGUACAGAUCGGCGGUGCUGUGACCCUCGAGUGCGACGGCGGUUGUUGGGGCCACGGACCUGGAAUGGAUCCGGUGGGUGGGCCCGGGCCCCUCGCUCUGAGCCGGGUGGUGUACCAGGAAGCCGGGGAAUAUCGAUGCGUCGCGCCCGAUCGGAAAAUGCAGGACACGUGGCGAGCUCAGUUACCCUAUCACCUCAAGGUUACCGGGCGACCCAUGGUUUAUCCACCGAGUCAAACGGUGACGGCGAACGAGGGCGAGUCCCUGGACAUCAUCGUCGAGUUUUGCUCCCAGCCGACCUACACGAACGUUUUCUGGAUAUCGGAGGAGCGUGUGUAUAAACCGGACGCACCCUCCCUCGACGGGGUCCGAGCCCUUGCAAUCGAGGACGGCGGCACGGAGUCGUGUUACAGGACGACCCUGCGUUUCGAGACGAUUCAGUCGUCCCAUACGGGAGCGUGGUUGUUCGUAGUCCGUUCGCCGGAUGGGAUCGCCGACGCUUCCGUUCUACUCAACGUGACGCGCGCUUCCGGUUACAGCCAUGCCCACAUCCGAUCAGCGAGUAUCACGUACCUUCUGCUCUGCCUGACCCUGCAGGCGAUCCUGCGGGAACACCGUCGCUGAGGCGAUCGUCCGUUGGAGAUUUAGGCGGAAGAAACUUUGGCAAAAUUCCUUAUAGCGAUAGCGGAAAGCUCGUAACACGUCAGCUUUCCCAAUAACGAGAGGAAGAGGGGGAGCCUCUCUGUACAAAAUGUCGAAAUUCUUUCCCCGAAAGAAUUUCCGUGCGCGCGAUCCCCGCGUCAACGAGACGCACAAUUUUGCUCGACGUGCCGCGACGCGACACUCACGUGUCUCCGGCAGGAAUACAAUAUGAAACAACCGAGAUUAUAUGGGAGCUCUGCCGACGCGCCUUCGGCGCGGAUUAAUACGGCCUUGGUGUUCCUCCGGAUCUCCGUGGCGGGUCCUCUUGUCAUUCUACUCUGGAACGCGAUUCUGGAAGAUGCGUUCUACGUAUGUGCGAUUGCGCGAAAGCGCACGGGCCGUUGACGUCGUCGUGUGAAAUCUUAGGCAAGCUGCGUCGGACGAGUACCCGCGCGAUCGAGACACGAUUAAAAUUCGAUUUCUCUGGCCUUAUAUAUGAGAAUAGCGGAGAGAAGAAAAGAGAAGGGGAGAAAAGAGGAGAGGAGGAGGAGAAGAAGAAGAGAAAAGACAAAAGGAAAAGAUCGCGCGGGUGACGAGAUACGUAUCUAGAGUGAAAAUUUGUAAACUACGAAUCUCUGCGCGCACGCGUGCAUAUACAGUGCGCGAUACGCCAUACGACGUGUAUAUACUUGUAUAGGUAAUAAAUAAAUAAACCGGUGUUUACGAAUUGUGGAACGAUGUUCCCCGCGUGUAGGGAUCAGAAUGAAAUGCCGACCAAUUCUUUUUUUCUUUUCCCAUCCCCCUCCCUCCUCUUUUUUUCUUGCCGCUCGUGAAUUUCUCGCAAACGAAAGGGAACGAGAUUACGGCCGUCAAAUUGUGGCCGAGCAAACUCGGAUGGAUCGAACUUUGUGCCGAACUGUAAUUUAUUAAUAUCGCGAAGAGCGAACACGCGACGCGCGAUAGUGACGAGCUAUACUGCCCGUAUAAUACUUAUUAAAUAACGAAAUAAUAAAGUGUUCGCGCGCGCGCGCGCAAACCGGCAGGAUGGCGCGACGCGACAGAAUAUAGAAAGAUAAUUGCAGAUUUUAAUCUUUAACGAGGGACAUACGCGACUUCAUGCACGCCCAGGACGAAAGUGAAUGGGGCACGCCGUACCGGACGAGAGAAACUUAAUUGUGCAACGUCAAAUACUCCCAAAGAAUAGGGCGACUAAAAUAAAUUGUUGUAUAUUAUUUAGAGUAAGUAGAGUUUGAUAGUAUGUAUAUAGUGACUGUAAAUGCGUAGGCUAUCGUACGCCCGUACACGACGAAUUAUACAGUGACGCUGUUAGAGAUAUAUUUAUUAUUCGUUGAUAUAUUUUUAUAAAGUUUUAUUUAGCCAUAAGUUCUCGUUCGCCUUCUCCCCCCCUCCCCCCUCCCCCCUCUCCCGAAUCUCGUUCGCACGAUCACGACACUUUCGUUGAGUGAGGCAGAGAGGAGCAAAGCGACGGCGGCGGUGGCGCUUUGUAUUACGAACUUUUCAACGAGAACCAUUACAAUAAUAAAAUACACUGUGUCCUAUGAACGUCCUAAAUUGAAUUUUAGCUGUAGCCCAUCGUGAGAAACACGGACAUUGUUGUCUUUUGCGAUACUUUGAUCUAUUCCGAUUGGAAACGGGACGUAGCGUGGCGUAGCGACCCUCCUGUUCCAAUCGAUUCCGCUUCUUUCGAGGAUCCAUUAAGGUAACUUUUUCGUAAAAUUCGGUGGUUCCUAAUUUUUGUAAAAAAAUAGAAUUUGUACUCGGCUUACCGGCGGCUGAAUGCUAAUCCUUGUCGCCGGUACGUCUUAUCCGCGCGCGUGACCGCAGUCGGUACUAUCUAUAGAUAACGAAAUAAACAUACCUGAUGUCUUCACGUUAAUUUAGUCGACUUUGACGAACCCGAGGUUUCUUUUCAGAUCGCUAAGGUGUUACAAGUAAGCAACGUGGUGUAAUCGUUGUACCCAAUGAUGCCUAAGAGUCCAAUAAAUGAUAUUUACAAUAA